AUGGGAGUGAUAUUGGACUCAUGGUGCUUUUGUAAAGGAGUAGGCAAAAGCGAGAAGAUGAAAGCUUCCAUUUUUUCCGGUAAAGCUCCGGCGAUGGCUCGAAUCUCUGUCUCUGGACCAAAUGGAGUUACUUCCGGUACUGGAUUCCUCAUUCAUCGGAAUCUUCUUCUCACGACUCACCUCAACCUCCCUUCCAUCUCCGCCACUGAAUCCGCCGAGGUUCGCCUCCAGAACGGUGUCGCCGCCGCUCUCUUCCCUCACAGGUUUUUCAUCACAAGUUCGGUUAUUGAUCUCACCAUAGUUGGCUUAGACAUUGUGGAUGGAGACACAAAUUCUCAGAGCCAAACCCAACAGCCACAUUACCUGAAGACAUGUUCCAAACCAAACCUGGAACUAGGAAGUGUAGUGUACCUUUUAGGCUAUGCUGCUCAGAACGAGCUCAAGAUUGGCGAGGGAAAGUUAGUGGUAGCUACAGACAAUCUCGUAAAACUCUCCACCGAUGAAAUGAUCUGGAGUCCUGGAUCUGCUGGUUUUGAUGUUCAAGGGAAUCUCGCAUUCAUGAUCUGCGAUCCGAGGAAACUAGCGACAUCACCAGCCUCAACCUCUACAUCUUCCUCUACAUCGUUGAAGAAAGAUAACAACAAGACAUUGAUGAUGCAGUUUGGUAUACCCAUACCAGUGAUCUGUGACUGGCUGAAUCAGCAUUGGGAAGGUAUUUUGGAUGAACAUAUGACUAAACCCAAGUUGCCUCUCAUUCGGUUAAUGUCUUCUGGUCAGAAGAGCGAGCGUUCUUGUACUUCAUUCACCAUGCGCCGUGUUUUUAAACCAAAUGACUCUGCUGAUGUUGGAACACCAUCUUCUUCUAACACUAGGGAUCAAACUCAUCUGAGCUCUUCUAUCGCAGCUGAGGAAGAAAAAGAAGAAGAAACCUCAAAAAAGAAUCCACAAGGCGGCACUAGUACUACUCAUGCGCAGGGUAUCCCGACCCCUGAGAUAUAUGAAUCACCAAAGUUGACUUCAGGUCCUUUGAAAAAGGAGACAUGUCAAGUACAUCUUUUAGAUAUCAACUUUCCUCCACGGAUACCCAAAGUUACAACCUUUCAUCCUCAGCUCAAGUCUCCGCAGAGUAAUCAUGUGGUGGAAGAGGCUGAGAUUGCCUCUGAGGGAUCAGAUGCACAGAUUGCUUCGACAGGUUCAGUAAACGGAGCUCUCAGUGAGGUCAUCUCAAGCUCACCGCCAGCAGAACCUCACUAUGUAUAUAACAAUCAUGGAUACAGCAGUGAGGAAGAGACAAUGUACUCUGCAGAAACAGCCGAGAGCCGAAACUACCCAACUCCUCCAAGAAGAAACCAGUUUCAUCAUGAGAGAGUUGGAAGGAGCCAAAGCUGUGUGAGCUCCAGCAGAUGGGGAACUCCUCAGAAGAGUUCGAGCGGUAGAAGAGAAAUGUUGGAGAAACAGAGAAGCUUCGUCCAUGGAAAGAAGAUGCAUUCACAAGGAGCAACCUCGCAGAGGAGUAAUGACUAUUACAGCCCAACAGUCUCAUCAAUCAUGAAGAAAAGGAUUAAUAGUUCAGAGGCGAAGAUUUUUAAACCGGUACCUAGACCUAGAACUGUAAGUUCUUCCCCAAGAUGGAUGUUUUAA